CGCAGGACGACAAUCAUGUUGGGUUCUUGGAUUCUUCUUGGUUUUUGCUUUUGCCUCCUCUUUCUCAUCAUUAGGAUUCAGAAACCAAAGAACUUCCCACCUGGACCCCGGGUCGUACCCAUAUUCGGGAACCUUUUGCAAAUUAAUCUCAAGAAUCCUCUAAAGGACUUUGAAAAGUUAGCUGAACGUUAUGGGAACAUUUACAGCAUCUAUAUUGGGAGCAGGCCAGCUGUUGUUCUUCAUGGUUUAAAAACUAUAAAAGAAGCUCUGGUGAUCAAAUCAUCAGAUUUUUCAGGACGUCCACAAAACUCAUUGGUCAGCCAUGUAACUGAAGGAAAAGGAAUCAUAUUUGCUGAUUAUGGUGCUCCAUGGAAGGAGCAUCGGCGCUUUGCCCUCAUGACUCUGAGAAACUUUGGCCUGGGGAAGCAGUCUAUGGAGAACAGGAUUCUGGGGGAGCUUGAACACCUCAUUGCCAAAUUGGAAAAGCAUGCUGGAAGCACCAUGAGUCCUCAGACUUUGUUCCAUAGUGCAGCAUCAAAUAUCAUCUCGCUGGUUUUAUUUGCCAUUCGCUUUGAGUACGAUGAUGAAACCCUUAAAAUUUAUAUUCGGCUGUUUACAGAAUUGACUAAGAUUGCUAAUGGACCAUGGGCAAUGAUCUACGAUAUGCUUCCACUGCUGAGACCUUUGCCCCUUCCCUUUAAGAAAGCGUUUGAUAAUUUUGAUACCCUUAAAAAAAUGACAAGAGCCAUGAUCAGCAAACACAUAAAGACGAGAGUUCCAGGAGAGCCACGAGAUCUUGUUGACUGCUAUUUGGAUGAACUUGAUAAGGAAGUUGAGGGAUCUUCCUUUGAUGUCGAACAGCUUGUGAGAUUUAUUUUAAACCUUCAUGCUGCUGGAACCGAUACCACCUCCAACACCCUCCUCACAGCGUUCCUCUACCUCAUGGUGCAUCCAGACAUUCAAGAGAAAUGCCAGCAGGAGAUUGAUGAGGUUCUGGAAGGAAAAGCUCAGGUGACUUUUGAUGACAGACACAACAUGCCAUACAUACAAGCAGUGAUCCACGAGUCUCAGCGCAUCGCCGAUACUGUCCCUCUGAGUGUGUUCCACUGUACCACAGCUGAUACCCAACUGAUGGGCUAUAGCAUCCCAAAGGGAACUAUAAUCAUCCCCAACCUCUCCUCAGUGCUGAAUGAAGAAGGUCAGUGGAAGUUUCCUCACGAGUUUAACCCAGCCAACUUCCUGAACGAUCAGGGCCAGUUUGUGAAGCCUGAUGCCUUCACACCCUUCUCUGCAGGUCCUCGUACAUGUCUGGGUGAAGGUCUGGCUCGCAUGGAACUUUUCCUUAUUUUGGUCACCCUGCUGCGCCGCUUUAAGUUUGUUUGGCCUGAGGACGCAGGAGAACCAGAUUUUACUCCUAUAUAUGGAAUAACAGUCACACCCAAGCCAUACAGGAUGGAGGUCAGGCUGAGACAGUGAGGCAGUGUAGUGUUGUUUUAAUGAAAUAAAAAUGUACAAGAAUUAAAAACAUAAUACAUAGUGGUUUGACACUGAACUUGGUUCAAUAGGAAAAGAUUGAUUAGAGUUUUUGUAGUUGUUAAUUUACGCCUGUUCUUAAUAAAUUUUUUUUUAGUUUUGCCCUACAGUUCUACAAAGUGCUUUUUUUGUUAUUUUACAAAUAUUUUUCUGGACCCUGAUUAAUGUUAAUAAAUCAGUUUUCAAAGUCA